AUGGCUGCUCAGUCGAAACUGCUUCCCCCCGACCGCUCUAUUCGCCGGACCUUAUCCAGCCUAAGUGCCCUGUAUCUCCGCCACCGCAAAAAUAUAACCCGUACAGCUUAUCUAGCGUUCUUUGCAGCUUUGGCGAAACGCAUCCAUAACGCUAUUUCUGAGCAAAAAGCAGCUUCCCAGCACCAGGUGGAUUUGCGGAAACGGCCAGGAACCAGCAGCCUUGGUGAUGGCGACGACCGACCGCGGAAAAGGGUUGGAGUCAACCGUGAAUUUUUCAGAAAUCUCCUCCGGUUACUAAAAAUUGUGAUUCCGGGUUGGCGAAGCAAGGAACUACGACUACUCGUGGGUCACAGUGUUUUCCUAGUGCUCCGGACAUUGCUCAGCCUGUACGUGGCCGAGCUAGAUGGGAAACUCGUCAGUAAUUUGGUGAGAGGGCGAGGGAAAGAUUUCCUCUUGGGUCUGGUGUGGUGGAUGAUUGUUGCAGUGCCGGCAACGUUUACAAAUUCCAUGCUCUCCUAUCACCAAUGCCGGCUUGCUCUCAGUUAUCGAAAACGCCUCACGGACCACAUCCAUGACAAGUACCUUUCCAAUAUGACGUUCUACGCGAUUUCGGCGCUAGAUGACCGAGUGAAAAAUCCCGAUCAGUUAAUCACGGUAGACGUUUCUCGUUUUUCCGACAGUCUGGCAGAGCUUUACUCUAAUUUGGCUAAGCCCAUACUGGACAUGACCAUCUACAAUUACUCCCUUUCGAAAAGCGUAGGCGGGGAGAGCCUGUUCAUUAUGGGCCUCCUGGUGCAAUUAUCGGCCAACGUCAUGCGUGCACUAACACCCCCAUUCGGCAAAUAUGUAGCUGAUGAGGCUCGCUUAGAAGGAGAAUUCCGAUUCCUUCACUCGAGACUGAUAGACUACAGCGAGGAGAUAGCUCUCUAUCACGGCCACGAUGCCGAGAAAGAUACUCUAGAUAAAGGGUAUUUCACGCUGAUCAAGCAUGUCAAUCGCAUCCUGCGGCGACGGUUGUACCAUGGAUUCAUGGAGGAUUUUGUCAUCAAAUAUUUCUGGGGUGCUCUUGGUUUGAUCUUGUGCAGUAUCCCCGUUUUCUUCAGAAUUCCAGGUCAGCUCAGCCAGACCAUGGGAGAUCGUACCGAAAGUUUUGUCACAAACAGGCGGAUGCUCCUUUCGUCUUCAGACGCCUUCGGUCGCUUAAUGUUCUCUUACAAGGAAAUCUCCGAACUAGCCGGCCACACGGCUCGCGUUUCUUCCCUUCUGGAUGUCAUGGAUGACCUUUUAGCUGGACGCUUUGAGAAGAAGCUAGUUUCGUCCGCUUCGACCGAGGAGAACGCUGCUGUUUUGUCCGGACGAGGCGUUGUCGAGGAAAGUGACUUCAUCGAAUUUACCGACGUGCCGAUCGUUUCACCCAACGGAGACGUUUUGGUACGAAAGCUGUCAUUCACUGUCCAUCCGGGGGAUCAUUUACUGAUUGUCGGUCCAAAUGGGUGCGGGAAAUCUUCUCUAUUCCGGAUUCUCGGCGGUCUAUGGCCAGUCUACGGGGGUAGAGUCAAGAAACCCCGAUUCGACGAGAUCUUUUAUAUCCCCCAACGACCAUACCUCUCCCGAGGAACCCUACGCCAACAGGUGAUCUAUCCAGAUGGUCUUCGCGAGAUGCGAGCCAAGGGUAUCACCGAUGCAGAUCUCUACGAGAUCCUUUCCAUCGUGGAAAUCGCCUCGGUUGUAGACCGCCCCGAUGGCUGGGACGCCGAGGAGGAAUGGCGUGAUGUGCUUUCGGGUGGACUUCAGCAGCGUAUAGCCAUGGCGAGACUAUUCUAUCACCGACCCAAGUUCGCCAUCCUAGACGAGUGUACCUCAUCUGUCACCCUGGAAAUCGAACGAGUCAUGUACGAGACGGCCAAAAAACUAGGCACCACUCUGAUGACUGUAUCCCACCGCCGUAGUCUCUGGAAGUAUCACAAGACGAUUUUGCAGUUUGACGGCCAAGGAAGCUAUAUUUUCACCGGCUUGGACUGGGAAAAGAGAUUGAAAUUAGAAGAUGAGAAAGAAGAACUUGACCUUCAUCUACGUGCUGUGCCGGAACUGCAGAAACGUGUGGCGGAACUGAGUGCCUAG